AUGAAUAACUUUCCAACCAAGGAGAAACAGCUCCUGAUGGAUCCCGUCGAGUUCUGGAGCAGCCAAAAGGCCCCCAAAAGGCCGUCCAGCUCCGCCUCGCAACGGCCAUCAGCGCGCUCUGCAAGCAAGGAUCGCGACGACCCGCUGCUCACGGCGCCUCCUGCUCGAGCCAGGGCUCCCGAAAGGAAUGAAUCGCGACAGUCGCGAAUUGCUGUUGUUUUGAAGUCGCCGGCCCAUCUGAACAGAUCAUCAUGGUCACACGUCGAAGGCGAAAAUGGCGGUGAUAGUAAAGCAGUUGCAGCAUCGGCAUCGUCACGGCAGGCCACUCCUAAUUUCGCUUCACGCGCAAAGAAGGAAACGCCGGUGCCUCUCCCUAAGACGCUCAUCACAACAUCAACAACAGCCUCAAUUCGCACACCAGUGCCUCUACCAAAACCCUUGUCAAGAACAUCAACACCAGCAGCCGGACCCGCAGCCGCGCCAAUGGCUGUAUCAACGGUAGCACGAGUGGCAGCACCUACACCAGUACCUCUUCCCAAACAGCUGAUAAAACCACCAGCGCCAGCAACUUCAAUUCAAAACGCGACAGCGUCAAUUCCAACUUCAUUGCCGGCUCUAGCCUCAUCACCAGCGCCAGCGCCGGGUUCCCAACCAAGCGCCGGCCGGGGGCGGCCCAAGGGUUGGAAGCCCGGCAUGUCUUAUGCUUCACUACGAGGCCCUGUUUCUCCGAAGCCUGUCAAAGAGAGAACAGGAAGACCCGGUCGGCCGUCUAAACCAAAGCCUAUCCAACUGGGUAACCCAAAGCGGCGCGGCAGGCCGCCAAAAGCGCCAUCACCUCUACCGUGGCAAGUCUACCGGUCUCUACCAACCUCGUUUGCUGCCUUUUUGUGCGAAUGGAGUGGCUGCAAAGCUGAGCUUCAUAACCUGGAUACGUUACGGCGCCACGUCUCCGUGGUGCACUGCCGGAAAGCGCCACUUGUUUGUUGUUGGGGGAAAUGCGCGCAAAGCUCGCAAAGCUCGCCUCCUUACCAGUUCCCUGAUGUACCCUCGCUUCGUGCGCACAUUGAGCAGAAGCAUCUUAUACCAUUCAGUUGGCAUACCGGUGAUGGGCCUCAGAAUUAUGGUGCCUCUAAUCAGCGGUUGAAUGAUGAAGAGAUUCCGGAUUAUCUUAAGGACGAUGAAGGCAAUCAAGUGACGCCGUCUAUACGAAAUCAAGAGGUGGAGGAUUUCGCAACAUGGAAACAGAAUCGUCAGAAACUAAAGGAUCUGCUGAUCCAAUUGAAUGACAAUCUACCGAGCGAAGAAUCAGAUUCUCCUGUGGACGAAGAUUAA